AUGACAGACACCGUGGAGCUUCUGCGAUUACCCAAUAGCGACGGAUCGUGUGAGCUUACACGGGGGAAGACAAAGGUAGUGGUGGCGGUCACCGGCCCCAUCGAGCCGAAGCCGCGCCAGGCGAUGGCGAACGUCGCCCUGCUCGAAGUGGUGGUGCGCCCCGUCGCUGGUGUCAGCACUACCCGGGAACGGUUACUAGAGGACAAGAUCCGUGGCUUGCUUCAACGGGUGAUCGUUCGCCACCAAUUCCCGCGGCAGUUGAUCCAAGUUGUGGUGCAAUUUCUUACUGGUGACGGGGCCGAGACCCCUGAAUACACUGCUAACGACAUUGCCGGCGCCCUUCUGGCGUCGUUCUACGCGCUUAUAGAUGCCAACAUCCCAUUAUAUACGUCGUUUGUGGCGCUGCUGGUAGCGGUGGUCGACGGCGCUUUUGUCCCCAACCCGUCGCCAGGGCAACUCCAGAAGCUGACCAGCCACCACGCGUUGUGCUUUUCGAUUAGCGCCGGCGCUGCCGACGAGCUUGUGUUCCUUGAUAGCGCUGGUGACUUUAGCGAGCUGGAGCUCUUCGAUGUCAUCGCCGCCGAGGCUGAACGCGCCGCCGGCGUCCACGCCGUCCAACGCCAAGUGAUCGAGGCGAAGUUGAAGCGCGACUACCAGUGGAGCUAA